AUGAAGAAUUUAAAAGUACUUGAAAUCAUUGAUAACGAUUUUGAUGAAGUUAAUCUUGAUAAGUUGCCUAGGAGUUUAGAAGAUAUUAGUUAUUCUGCUCUUAGACCAGAUUGUAAAUUAACUGAAAUUAUUCCUGAAUUAGACAAAAUUAAAUACGGAUUUUGUGUCGGCAGAUUGGCUCGCAAUAAGCAAGUGGUGACUUGUUCGGAAAACCUUGCUAAUAUUCAUUUAGAAUUGUAUCGCCUAGAGUAUUUUUCUUCUAGGUCGAGCAAUAAAAAAGUCCAAGAAGAUUAUGAACUUUAUGCCGAAAAUAAUUUGGAUGUGAAAAACAAAAAUAUUAUUGAUAAAAAGUUGGAAAGUUUAGCCGAUAAAAAAAUAUUACAAGUUUUCUCCGGAGACAAAAUAAUUAUAGUGGGAGAAAAUGGCGUUGGCAAAACCACUUUGUUCAAAAUUAUAAAAGGUUUGGUUUGCUCUUUUGAUGGUUCAGUAAAAAGCGAAGGCAAUAUUGGUUAUCUUCCGCAAUCAUUUGAAAACUUUUGUCCUGCUAGCAGCACUUGGGAAUACUUAAUCAAAGAAACUAACAACUCUGAAUUAAUUAGCUUACAAAAAAGCCAAGAUAAAGAAGAUAAGAAAGGAUGA